AUGGAGCUGUACCAGGAAGAUUCAUCGGCGUACUGGAAGGGGCUAUGGCACGGUAUGCUGCUGCUGCUACCUGUGCUUACCUUUCUCUUUCGUAAGUGGAAGAUGGCUGCUGAGCGAUCGGCGGUGCAACAGCCAGUUCUCGGGUCCUUUAUGAAUGAGUUGUUUGCAUUUGAGGUGGUUUUGGUCGCUGGUGCGGAGUUGAAAGCGGUGCGUGACCAGCUCAAGGCUGCUGAGGAGGCAACGCCGGUAAACGUCAAAAAGGUGCAGGCCCUCAAGGAGCGUGUGGUGGACGUCGCCACCGUGCUACAGAAGAAGCUGGAGACUAUUACGCCGAUCGUGUCAUUCCUGCUGGAGCAGAGCGUGGGCGUUAUCAAGGAUCACCACGCCGAAAACGACUCCAAAAAGGACAAGUAG